CAUAUACGCAAUAUGAUUCUUAAUGAAUGACAUAUAUUUAUAACACUUUGGUUUUAAAGUUUUAUAACUAUAGUUGCCUUAACAGUAACUGUUUGAAUCUAACAUUGUCGCAGCUUAUCUUUAAACUGGAUGAUGUCUCCAAGUUUUCAAAAAUGUACCAGAGGUGUUACAGAAGUUAGUACCCAGAGGUAUUUGGUUGUCACCCUAGCAUUUCCUCUCUAAAGUUGAACUGUGUGUGUUCUUACAAAACCCGUACUACUUGAUAGUUCCCACAAGCAGGUGAUGUUAAUUUCUUGUUGGAAGACAUAUGCUGCAGUACAAUCAUUUGUUUAUAUAUCAUUGACCAGGAAAAGCAUUUAUUUUGAAAUAAUUAAUAGAAAAAUAAUACUAUAUAUCAAAACCACAAUUUGUUUACAUCUACAGAAAAGCAAGUCUGUAUUUACACGAUUAGUUUGAUUUGAAUUUCUAUAAGCCACUGUUUAAGAAUUUAUAUAUAUAUAUAGGUUACUUUUGAAUUUAAACCUUUAAGUACUUUUGCUACUUAGAAGAUGUUCAGCCGGAUUGCAUGUGCUGUCUACAACGUUAUGGAUGCACUGGCGCCUCCACUUCCUUUGCAUGAAGAAUUCAGUCAUCACUGGACUGCCAUUAAAAACUUUUAUACCAACAAAAGGUCUGCAUGUCAAUUACCAGUAGAACUAACUGACAUUCCUGACCACUUAAAUCAGAUGGUCUGUAUUUUAGAACAGGAAGAGGGAGAGGGUGAGACUGGUAAUGGCUGUCCAUGCAUGGAAUACUUUCUUCAGCAGAAAAUCUUGGAAGCUAUGUGUGGGUUGGCAAAAGCUGAUUCUCCAACUGGUUUUAAACAGCAUGUAAUUUCUUUUGCAAGCAGAAUAUUGUCUAGUGUAAAGUUUGAUCUUCUACCUCAUGCCUCAGUUUGGUCAGCAGUUCAGAAAUUAACUAUGAUGUGUGGUGAACAACUUGCAUCACCUUAUGAAAAAGAAGAAAUGGAUUUUAUAUUUUUUCUGUGUAACAGAUUAAUGGAAGACCCAUAUUUGUUUAAUCAUUUUAUUUGUGAUACAAGCAGAAGAUUUCCACAAAAAAUUAGAACUAGACAGUCGGGUAGUGCUCAUCAAGUAGACUUAGAGUGUUCAAAACAUUCAACCGCUGAGGCUGAAGCACCAAAAAUUGAUGUCCCUUUAGUACAGUCACUCAUCACAUUUUUAAACAGUCCAGAUCAUGAUAUUUCAUCAAAAGGAAAUGACUGCCUUGUAAAAUGUGCGGCUGCUUUUGAUGAAAAGACUGUGAAUAUUUUGGUUCAGCAAACUGACUUUUGCAGUAAGAUUGUAACCUUUAUUGUCAGCCAGUACCACGAAGUUCAGAAGCAUUGUAACUUGCAAGACAUAAACGAUGUAGACUUCUUUUCAGUUCAUACAGGUGAGAAUAGUGGUAGUGAUGUUCAACUAUCUCCCGGAAAAAGACAAAUUCUGUCGUUUGUAAGGUGGGUGAGUUUCUUUGAUAAUCUGGUUGGUGCACAGCCACAGUUGGGAGAGAGUCUUACAAUGUUUUUCACUGAUCUUUUUCUGAAAAGUGAGAUAAAUGCUGAAUUAUCAGACUUAGAAAACAAUGACAAAAUUUUGUUUACAACAAAACUGAUAUCUCUUUGUAUCCGUAGCAUUGCAUCAGAGUCUCUUAUUUUAUCAUUUGGGAUAUUUCUUGUUGGCAACUGCAAGGAUCCAGAACUUCCUGGAUGUGUGGGACAUUUUCUGAAACAGCUUCUAGUUGACAGAUGUCAUGAAGCCAAAUUAUCUUCACAAGUUAAGCUGGCAACUCUGCAGCUGUUUGAAGAUCUGUUACAAAAACCAUCGAAAGAGGUGUUUGAAAGUUUGGUUCUUAGUAAUUUGACUGGAAGAAGAUACUAUGACUAUUUAUUUGUUGAGAAGCAUGCCCACUUCAGUGAUGAUGAAGUAAGUUGCCAAAGGAAGAGUUUGUAUGAAGAAUUUGACGUUUCCCCUGGAUCUUCCCCAGUAAGUCGAACCUUUGCACCUAGUUCCAUUCACAAAAUACUGAAUUGCUUCCUCCUUCUCCUCCCAGAUGAAUUAAAGUCUUGUGAGGAAAGUGAAGACUCAGCUUAUGAUGUAUACAUUAAAGAUGCUCAUCGACAGUUCCAACAGUGUCUACUACUUUGUGAUGACUGGAAUUGGCCAAAUGAUCUUUGUUCAGAGUAUGAAGAAGUGGAAUCUGAAGUGAGUGAAACAUCAGAUUCUGAAACUGAAGCAGAUGCUACAUGCUCUUUCUUCUAUGAGGGGUCAUUUUUAGAUAUGCUAUUUUGUAAACUGGAGAACAUGCUGCAACAGCCCUAUGAACUAAACCUACAAGUGACAUCACUUAUCUCUAGGUUGGCCCUGUUUCCACAUCCAAACCUUCAUGAAUAUCUGUUGAACCCCCUUAUUCCUCUAGUGCCAACAGCAAGAUCUCUAUUCACAGUGCUGCUUAAGUUAGCAGAAGACAUACAGAUUGCAGUGCAGGACACCCAGAAUUUGAAGAAAAAAUUGGAGCUCACAAGAAAAAUCUUACUUACCGAUGAAGAAGGGUGCAACUCUUUUGAAGAGAGUAAUGCACUCGAAGCGAUAAUUGUACUAGAGGAGUUUUGUAAAGAGCUUGCAGCCAUAGCCUUUGUCAAGUACCACACAUCUUCCUGAUGAAAAAUACAUUGUGUUCUUAGUAUUAUUUAGUCGUAAUAUGCUUCAUGUGAUAAAUAGACCCUUUUCAUGUGUUUUAACAUGUGGUGGUGAUGUUGAAUUAACAUCUAAUUUGGUUAAUUUGGAAAACAACUUUGUCUAAUCACACAUACAACAGUCACAUUGGUGGUAUUGUUUAUAUGAUUUAGUUAAACAGUGGAUUUUUAAACAAAGUGAGGCCCAUCUUUGAAAAACAAUUUUAUGGAACUUAUUAACUUGUACAGUACAUUAUAGGGUGUUGUGUGAAUGUUCACCAGAUCUAACUUUAAAAAUAGCAAGUGAAUAAUAGUGUCAUCUAACACUUGUGAAAAUUAUCAUAAUGUUGUCAAAACAUAAUGUAAUUUUGAAAUUUUACAUUUUAAGCUCACUCUUAGUUUAAAUGAAAAAAUUAAACAAAUGUUUGUAAAAUAUUUGAAUUAUUUUAAAGGAAAGGAAGACCUAUAUGUACAUAUGUCAGAUGAAAACCUGAAACAGGUGAAAGUUGUUGAUAAGCACAGUAUACAAUGUACACUUGUAAAAAAACAAGAAAAUAAACAAGAGAUAAGAAAUCUAUUCCAUUAAUAUUCUUAUUAAUUA